CUUUCAAAAAUAAAUUUAAACUUUUGUGUUGAAGAAUAUUUUCAAUUCUUAAAAGAUUUACCUAUAAAAGAGUCAAGAAACGUCGAUUUAGCAAUGUGGAAAGUACUACAAUCCAGAGAGCUUAAAUUGCUAGUAAUUAAUACUCCACAAAACAUAUUUCAAGAAAUGAUCGAAUGGACUGAAAAAGGAAUGAUUUGGAAAUUUCCAAUCAACAAUGAACAAGAUAUGGAAGAAGAAGAAAAAAUACACUUUUCUGAACAUAUUUUUUUGGAACAUAAUUUGAAACAUUGGUGUCCAGAGAAAGGCCCACUAAGACAUUUUAUGGAAUUAGUAUGUAUAGGAUUAUCGAAGAAUCCAUAUAUGAGUGUUAAUGAAAAAAUUGAGCACAUUGCAUGGUAUAGAAAUUAUUUUGAAGAUAAAAGAGAGAUGCUAAAGGAUUACAAACUGUUUAAUACUGAAGCUAAUUAAAAUAUUUUACAUUUUAUAUAAAUAU